AUGGCAGGAGAAGAGCCGUAUCCCAGAAAGAUCCUGCAGUACAUGGAGGGAUUCCUCGUGUCAAAGACUCUGUUCUGUGCGUGUGAGUUGGGUGUGUUUGAGCAGCUGCAUGAGUCUCAGCGGCCGCUGUCCGUAUCUGAGUUGGCCGUUUCUCUGGGCUGCAGUGAGGACGGAACUGAACGUCUCCUGAACGCCUGCGUGAGUCUGGAGCUGCUGAACGCCAACACCGACCCGCACGGAACAGUUGUCUACAGUAACACAGAAAUGUCCAGUGUGUUUCUGACCAAGUCCAGCCCGACGUCUCUGUUUCACUCGAUCGAGUACAGCUCCAGAACCAUCUACCUGUGCUGGCAUUACCUGAACGACGCCGUCCGAGAAGGGAAGAACCAGUAUGAGAAGGCUUUCGGCGUAAACUCCAAAGACCUGUUUGAAGCGCUGUACAGGUCUGAUGAGGAGAUGGUGAAGUUCAUGCACCUGAUGAACUCCAUCUGGAACAUCUGCGGCCGUGAUGUGGUCACAGCGUUCGAUCUGUCGCCGUUCAGAUGCAUCUGUGAUCUCGGAGGCUGCAGCGGCGCUCUGGCCAAACAGUGCGUGUCGGCCUACCCCGAAUCAACCGUCACCAUCUUUGACCUUCCCAAGGUUGUGCGAACAUCCCAGCAGCACUUUGUGUCGCCGCAAGAUGAGCGCAUCUCCUUCUGUGAAGGAGACUUCUUUAAGGACGAGCUCCCGCAGGCUGAUCUCUACAUUCUGGCCCGGAUUCUGCAUGACUGGACCGACCAGCGGAGUGUGGAGCUGCUGGCCAAGAUUUACCACUCCUGUAGACCAGGUGGUGGUGUGCUGCUGGUUGAGUCUCUGCUGUAUGAGGAUGACAGUGGUCCUCUGACGGCGCAGCUCUACUCGCUCAACAUGCUGGUUCAGACGGAGGGACGUGAGCGCAAGGCUUCCGACUACAGUCGUCUGCUGAACGCCGCCGGAUUCACACACGUCCACAUCCACCACACCGGCAAGAUCUACGACGCCAUCCUGGCCCGCAAAUAAACCUCCCAACAUCAGACGGAGCGUGUCAUGAGUGCGCAGAUGACGACUGCAGUUGUUCAGAGAUGAUUGUCACAUUUUUAAUGUCUAAUUUCAGGCUUUAACAGAUGAAUGUUUUCAUGCCCGUGUUUGUAAUUUACCGUGUUUCUCCUGUGUUCAGGCAGGAUCUUACAUCGAGCUUUUACUCUUCUGUUUUACUCAGAUCUUCACAGCACCACUGUAAAAUGAUGCUUUUGAAGUAAAUA